UCGGAUCCCUCUCUUUCUCUAUCUAUAUUUUUCCUUCCUUCUCUCUACAAGUUUCCCAUUAUUUGUUUUCUUUUCAAGAAUCGAUCAAUCCAAGUGUUGACCAAAAGUCCAUCUCUGUCUCACCCUCCUCUUCCACCACAACCACCGCCAGUUGCCCCGCCGCGGGAUGGAGGUGGGAGAUAGAAGUUGAAGAGGAAAGUGAUUGGUGGCAUAAAAUGCGAUUAUGCGAGGAAAAUUGUUUUGUGAUUAAGGAUUUACAGUAUUUAUUCUUUUGAUGAUUUGAUUAUAUUAUUUAGAUGCCAUGGCUUAUCAACAUUAUCGAUCACCAUUUGGUGACACAACUUAUACUAAGGUUUUUGUUGGAGGGCUUGCCUGGGAAACUCCUACUGAUGUAAUGCGAAGAUAUUUUGAACAGUUUGGCGAAAUUCUUGAAGCUGUGAUCAUCACUGAUAAGAACACUGGAAAGUCGAAAGGAUACGGAUUCGUGACUUUCCGCGAUCCUGAAUCAGCUAAUAGGGCUUGUGCUGAUCCAAAUCCUGUAAUUGAUGGAAGAAAGGCAAAUUGUAAUAUUGCUUCAAUGGGGCGGCCUCGACCCUCACCACCUAGAGGCAGAAAUCAAUUGGGAAACCCAUAUCAGGGAGGUGGAGUAGCACAGGGUGGAUCAUCAUCCUAUACGCCAAUACCUCCGCCUCCUCCACCGCCUCCUUCGGUCGUCUAUCCACCUUAUGGGUAUGUUUUGCUUGUCGAAAUUACAUGGAAUAUGGUCCCUAAGUCAUUACUAUAGAAAAAGAGAAAAUAUUUUAAUAGCUGGCAUGCAGUUGGUCUUGGCAGAUGA